AUGGCCAUGGGUUCAUCUUCAAACAGCACUGAAUGUGUGGGAGUAGAUACUGAACCAACCGCCCUCCAAAAGCAUGUUAUGUUCUUUGAUCAGAACAAAGACGGAAUUCUUUAUCCUUGGGAAACCUAUCAAGGUGGUCGUGCAAUUGGAUUUGGCAUUCUUAGGUCUACCGCUCUCGCCAUUUUCGUCCACCUUUUCUCAGUGGCAAAACUAGACCUGAUUCAAAGCUUCUUUGAGUGGAAGCUUUUAUAUGAUAUUGGCAAGGACAAGAACGGUUUGCUGCACAAAGAUACGAUUAGAGGUGUUUACGAUGGAAGCUUGUUUGAGAAAUUGGCGAAGGAGAAAGCUUCGUCUGGGAAAUACGCUGUUACUCCAGCGUACAAAGGGACAACUUAGUACCGUCGUAUUGUGUGAUUGCAGCUCGCUGGUGUUCUUGACUAUAAACUUGCAUUUGUAUGGAUGGGCA